GACAACAUUUCUGAAGAAGCGAAACCGGAUGCCCAGCCAACACGGAAUUUCUUAGUGGCAGACUGGCGGAGGUUGGCGCGAAGAAUUUUCUGAUUUGGGGAAGUUGUUGCGAAAGAUAAGACACGAACGCCUGCAGGAUGGGUACCGAUCAACAUGGCAAGAAAGUCCAAUGCGUACUUUGUCUAACGUCCGAGGAAAAUCGGACAACUGGACCGUUAUCAACGAAAGGUUCUAUCACCGCUCAUCAGAACUGCUUGCUGUAUUCAUCAGGGAUUAUUUGCCAGAAUUCGCCAGAGUUUGACAACUUGUUUGGUUUCUCUGUGGAAGAUGUCCUUAACGAGUUGAAAAGGGGAAACAGACUGUACUGUUACAGAUGUAAGAAGAAGGGUGCCACGGUGGGAUGUGAGGUGAAACGCUGUAAGAAGUCCUACCACUACCCCUGCGCUGUGCGAGAUGGGGCCCAAAACGUUGAUGACCACACAGAAGAGAAGUUUACGUUGUACUGUCUGAAGCAUAAUCUGGCGAUAGCAGCAACCAAUGAAACAGUGAGUAGAGCGUUGUCUACCAACGGUGAUUCAGACACAACGAUGAACAACAAUGGAGAAACGUCACCCAAGUCGUUGCAGAAAGAGCUGAAAGGACUUGAUGCAGUGGCCGGACCCUCAUCUUACCAUAGUGACUCCAACAUGUCUAGUAAACGACGGCAGAAACAAACACCCAAGAGACGGUUGAGCUGCUCUGGCACACCGGAAGUGGAAUCAUCAAAAAAGUCCAGAAAGUGGAGCAAGAUAAUUCAGAACGGUUUCUCAAACUCAGACGGAGUUGUGAAUGGAAUUGACAUGGAGUUAGCCCCUUUGGAGUCUGAUCUAGAAGACAGUGUGCUCUCUGAACACAGAAAUCCUGCUGAGGCUCUCACCAGAGGAUGUCAGCCAGAACCUGAACACAGAGACGAAAGCGAUGGGGACCAAACAGUCAUAGACUCAGUGAGUUACACAACUCGGACUAUUCUUGUCCAACACUUCCUGUGGCAUUACCGUGUCUCUAUCCUGGUCCUAAACUAUUGGUUUGAUCAUUACUGUGUCUCUAUCCUGGUCCUAAACUAUUGGUUUGAUCAUUACUGUGUCUUUAUCCUGGUCCUAAACUAUUGGUUUGAUCAUUACUGUGUCUCUAUCCUGGUCCUAAACUAUUGGUUUGAUCAUUACUGUGUCUCUAUCCUGGUCCUAAACUAUUGGUUUGAUCAUUACUGUGUCUCUAUCCUGGUCCUAAACUAUUGGUUUGAUCAUUACUGUAUCUCUAUACUGGAUGCUGAGUCUCAGAGUCUGUUGCUGCCUGUGAUGCUGUGUGUGGUGUCUGAAGAACCCUCUCAGGACACAAACCUCUCAGUGUGCAGUUCUCAGCCGUGUUCUGUGGCUAGUCAUGGUUCACCUGUCCUCUCUGGUCGACAGGGCAGCUCUCUCACACUUGGUCCCAUCUCAUCUGUCCACUCUGGUCCACUCAAUGUCACCAACACACCUACUCGUACCAGUCCACCAGUCUCACCCGUCCCGCCUGAUUACUGUUUCACCCCUGUGUCCUCUCCACACUCUGUAUCCAAUCAUCCCCUGGCUGGGCCCGGAGGCCUGGGUUCACCUAUUGGUUCUGGCUCUGACUCUGCAGCCAGCAGAGUGUUCUGGAGAAGGUGUAACGAAGCAGGCUGUACACAGUCCAUCUUCACCACCUUCUUUUCUGACAUGGUCAGCAUCUCCAAUAGGAUCCUGUCGGAUAAGGCCAGUCAGGAGGAUUAUGAUCUCUCUCUGAGAGUGAUGGAGGCUUCUGGAAAAUUACCACAGAUGCUCUCAGAGCAAGAGAGAGAGUUUAAGAAGAAGCAAAUGGAGUUACAGAGCGCUACGGCAGCCAUAAGGGAUGCCAGGUCAGCCCUGAAGAGAUAAGCAGCCCUGCCAGAUCAACUACAACCCCCAUAAUCCACCUUCCCUCAUUCAGUUCAUUGGCAUCACAAGAUUUUAUGGGGUGCAUUAUGCAGCCAUAUUGAGAAUUUGAUUUCACAAUAGUUUUCACGUAGAUCCACUUUCUUACCUUGUCAAUAUUAUAAUCCCCCCCAAAAAAGUACUGUUGUUGUUUAUACUGUAUGUUCAAACUCCGAGACUGAGAACCAAUUAUGAAACAAGAGGCUGCCAUUUUGCUUGCCAGUAACAAAAGGAUGUUUUACCUUUAAACAAUAUAUAUUUUUCUAUAAAUAUAUAUUUCUAUGAAUAGAUCCCAAAAAGUGUUGCUAUUGUGUUGAUAGCAAGUAUACAAAACAUUAAGAACACCUUCUCUUUCCAUGCCAUAGACUGACUGUUAAAUCCACUUCAAUCAGUGUAGAUGGUGUAGGUUAAAGAAGGAUGUUUUAGCCUUGUGACAUGGCUUGUGUAUGUGUGCCAUUCAGAGGGUGAAUGGACAUGGCAAACGAUUUAAGUGCCUUUAAACGGGUAACCACCCAAAUGACAGCCAGCCAAUCAUACUGGUUUGUGUCAAGAACUGCAACAUUGCUGGGUUUUUCACACUCGAAACACUUUCCCGUGUGUAUCAAGAAUGGUCAACCAAUGGUCAGCCAGCUUUACUCUGAUGAAUUGAGGCUGUUCUGAGAGCAAAAGGGGGUGCAACUCAUUAUUGUGUUCCAAAUGUUUAGUAUACUCAGUGUAUAUUUGUAUGUGAAAUUGUUGCAUUGCGUAGUACCUCAAAGCAUUCAUUUCAAUCAUUUUUAUAUCCCGGACUGAAUUUUUUAACAUCUUCUGUACCUAGAACUUCUUAUCUACAUGAUUAUGAUUUAGAGUUAUUCCUAAAUCCUAUGGGUAGGAACAACUUGCAUGUGUCUAAUUGCUCAUCCACUUCUUUUAACCACACUGUUACAUGUUUGCACACUUUUUAUUCAUUCGGUAAUAAAUGAAGAACCAAACUUGUC